AUGUCACGGCAAGGGGUGUCGCUUUCCGAGGGUUUAGGCUCAGAGGCCGUGCAGUCACGAUCGUCACGGCCAGACAGUCGCGGCGCAAGACGGCGGCCCUCCACUGCUUCCGUUACCUCUUCGAUUGGGUUUUCCGUGGCCAGUGGGGACGGCAGAAGCAACCGCAAGACCCGCGCAGGGCCUGCCUCAACACCCGUAUCUUUUCUGACGCCAAAAAAUGAGAGCCUUCACUUCUCACCUAAGAGAGGCCGCUUGAAACCUACAGGGUCACAGACCAGUGUGUACAGCAAUUCCGUAUGUAGUUCCGUAGAAUCGCCGCUGCAGCGCCGACUCAACUCGGUAAGAAUGAAGGUUGGUCUCGCUGAGGCCAUUUUGCAGAAUGCAUCUAACACCGCCAAGGCGCCCAUGUCACCAGCGCGGCGUCGAAGACACAUGGUGCAGUUGGAAGUGGCAAAGCUCAUUCUCUUCGCAGCGCGGCAGCAAAAUGUCCGUGAGGAGAUGCAGCGACUAGGGCACCCCUUGGAUGAGUCAGACACAAUUAUGUACCAUCGCCGUUCCAUUGUUAGUGAUAUUCCUUUUCUCGCGAGGGAGUCUCCGCCCGACGUGUCACUAGACGAACUGAAGCGAGUCACGUUUGUAAUGGAGCAGCAGCUAGCGGAGGCGAAGGCGACCAAACCACAGCCGCCACCGUCUAUCUCUGCCGACCGCGUGUCGUCAAAUAUGUCGGAGCUUCUUUGGCUCAUUGAAUCAAUGGAGCUGCAGGGGCCAUGCGCACAGUACGCGAAUUUGGGCGAUGAUUCCUCCAGUCCCAAUGCCACCUCCACCUCCGCCGUUGUGGCGGCGAUGACGGAAACCCUGCAGCUGCGUCAAGAGGAGCAGCAACCAGCACAUCAGCAAAAACAGAGGGAGUCAUUUUCGCAGUUACGAACCCCGGAGUCCUCUUUAAAGGCUACGGGGGAAAGUUUUUCACCCUCGCUGGUGGCACCAGGUACGAAUCUGCUGGAGUUAACACGCCUCAGCGGCGACAUGACAACAGUGCAAGGGCAGGAGGAUACAAAGGCGGAUGAACUCGUUGGAUUCUCCGUAGAGGUGGAGUCUCCUGGAUGCCGCGCCGUGGAGGCAGCAGGCUUGAAACUGCUUCAGUUCAUGUAUGACGCUAUCGAUGCCAGUGAAGAAGAGUUUCAGCUGAUGAAGGAAAAGGACGCCGGAGCUGAAGCAGCAGCGGAGGCCAGGAGGAAGACGCAGGACGGACAAGAAAUACUGCCAUGCCUGAGCGCCGCAGGGACGGACGUUCGUGAAGCGCAUCGCUUUUCCACGCUGCGUGACUCAACGGCGCGAAACUCUGACAUGGUUCAGCAGCUCCAAUCCGCGACAAGCAGAGACCCCGGCACACUCGCCACCGCCCCGGCAGAGGAGUCCGAGGAUCAAGCACUAACGCAGGGCACAACAAACUUUGGACAAGAGUCCUCCUCUUCCAGGCGGCAAUCGGCGGGCUUCGAAGUUCCAGCGACCAAUUCAUGGUUGGAGCCGGCCCAUCCCGCAGUGGAGGUGCGUCCCCUGCGGGUUGAUCUCUUUGAAAUCCUGCAGCAGCUUUACUAUAGUUUUAACUACAAUUAUUACUUUAGACAGUGCAAAGAGAAGAAGCAGAGUAAAAGGCAAAAAACGCAGGAGGAGUACAGUGAAGAGGUGGCACGACUAUUGGCUGAAAAAAAGAAUGCACGACAACAACACGGAAACGACUCUCUGAAUGACGAAGCUGCAUUGCUCUCAACGUGGCAAGUAAAAACAUCGGCAAGAACUCCAACACCGCGGAGUCAGAAGUCAAUUGGCACGGCACUUGAAGUUACCGCAGAGUUGCUAGAGAAGAGCUCCAUGACGGCAGUUACGGAGGUGGCUCCGCCGGAGGUGCCCCGUGAAGAGGCCGCGGUUCCAACUGAGUCCGUAGGCGCAUACGAUGAAUCAAUAGUGUUUUCAAUGGAGAUCGGCAAAGGUAUCCUGUUCCUGCUAAAGGGGCGGGGGCAGCGGCGGGGCGUCACUGGAUCACUGAGUUCAACAACGGGGAAGAAGAAGACGAAGAAGAAGGGGCCAAAGAAGCAGGGAACUGCCGCGGACAAGGAGGCCAGUGAUACAACAGAGGACGCAACAGCGAAGGAAAAGAGCCGGCUAGAUUUUGAAAGUUACACCUUGUACGCUAUCAAUCAGUCCGACACCCCACAGCAGGCGACCGUGGAGACAAAUGUAUCAAAACUAAAAAACCUCAAGAUAAAGUCACUACUCAACUACCUGGUCAAGAAUAAAACAAUUGCGGUGGAUUUGCCCCCUUUUGGCACCCAGUCGGUGUUGACACUGAAUCCCAUAAAAAAAGGACGCGAAGUAGUAUUUGAUGGGGCGCUGAACUUUCACGAAGGGGCCCCAGUUAAAGAGGAACCGCAAGCAAAAGGGGUUAUGGACAAGAAACACUCAUCACGGUUACCCUCUGUUUCCAGGCCAUCGAAGAUUACUCCCUCAGCCGCAUCCAAAGCGUCAAAGGAAUCGUUAGAUAAUAGCGUUGAGACGCAAUUGAAGGAGAGACUCCUUGCUCAAUCUGAGCAAGGGGAAAAGGAAGCAGUAACGGAAGAGGAUGAGCUCCCCGAGGAGGCGGCAGGCGCAACGGAACCACCAGUACAAGGAAACAAGACGGCGGAUCAGAAGCAGGACACGGCAGUUGGUAUUCGGCGUGAAUUGUCCAGACAGAAGUUUAAUCCUCUGUUGUUAAGACCCAUUAAAGGCACCGAGGAUCUUGAAUCCGGAAUGAAUUCUCCUGCUGGGAGUAGUUUGUCGGGAGAUAAUGUCGUGAUGAAUAAGGUGAAUGAGUGGGGCGUCAGUGUCAUUCCAGUCGAAGGAGACUUGGGGGAACAGCAAGAAGAAGCCAGACGGCGGAAGAGUGCCAUGAAUGCUACCCAGACAAGGCCCAAGGAAGCCGCAACGACUGUCAAGGGAAGGGCAUCAAUAACUACCAAGGAACCCACGAAAGGAGGUGAAACAGGGCCUGAAAUUAGAAAGGGUCGAGUGAGUGAAGCAGCUAGCGAUUUGGCAGGCGUAACUCGAGUAGGUGAAUGGGGAGUUGCUCAUCCAAAUGAAGAUGAUGAAGCAUUUGAAAAUAAUUGUGUGGUAUUAUCAGUAUUGCAGGCAUCUGAGUGGCAAGCUCCUUCGACAUCGUGGAGGCGUCCUUCUGAGAAGAGUCCUUUUCUUCCAAAGGUGGUAAGUGGUGAAACGAAAGCGACGAACGAGGCGGAAAAAGCUCUUGCUGGGAGAGGGAGGGGUAGUGUGGAGGGUGCUACUCCUGCCUACUCUGCUUCCAGCUCCGCGUCACAGCGGUAUCCGAGUGCGCGGCUCCGUCCGAGAGGGAGUACAGAGGAGGAACUAAUUGCGGCAGUGCUGCACUCUGCUGGUCAAGAAGAGUCCUCGCAGGCGGAUGAGUUUGUGGCUGGUAUUCUUAAUCGCAUUGCAGACGAGGAACUGUUAGGGACUGAUCGCCAACUGGAAAAGGACGGCUUUUCUGUUUCUAAGCAAAGUGAUGAAACCCCGCUGCGCGCUGGGUCAGCAGCGUUGUGGCGCCACCAGAGCGUAUCUCAAUCACAACAAGGCCGAGCAUCUCUGGAACCGCAGGGUGAAGUGAAGGAGCAACUCUCGCCAGCAACACCGGGGUACGGGGCGGCGUUCCCGUUGGGAUCAUUCACCGAAGCCCAAAAGUUGCGGAGUAUCUCUGCUUCAGCUGCGUUGCAGGACAGUGUUGAUAGCAAGGAAAGGGCAUUCAUCAACAGAGCAGUUUUUCCUGAGAAGGUGUCUUCAGGGAAUUUCUCUGCAGCUGUUGAUUUCUCGCAGCAACCAAGCGUCGAGCUGGUGAGGGAGUCUUCAGCUCAACCUGUAGCCUUGGACGGUCGCUUUUCAUCCUUUGCAGCCAUGGGUGAAUCUUCCGUCCCUGUGUACUAUUGUGAGGAAUGCCUCGCGGCUCAUCCUCACGACCAUGCUGUUUCCCCCACACCAGACGCCAUCAAAGCCAGAGAGGAUGCACGUACUCCCACGGAAAUCGCCUCCUUGGUGGAGCGACGGAGCCGCAUGGAGAGCAAAGGGGCGAUUUCCGUUGCGGAGUUGUUGCGGGCGAAGUCAGCUGUUUCAGCAACCCGGGAGGAUGCUGCGUUUAAUGUAAAUGCGCUGUUGGCGGGUGUCAGCAAGGCAAAAAAGAGUGAAACGCCUCCACCUGGGCCCCCGAGUCGCCACAGCGCAUGGGACUAUGAAAUUCCUCCGCAAGAGAGGCCCGCCACCCCCACGCGCCAAUAUGCAUACACAGAUGUUCGACCAGGUGGAAGAGUCGCAAUUCUUGUUCCUGAAGCUAUGGACACUGUGGGACCGACGCCGCUUCUUAGCAGCAUGCAAAAAGGAAAGACGGAAGGAAAGUCAUUGCAGGCAGAAGGGGUCGCGGAGGAGAUCCGCAUAUCUCUGCAUAGUUUUGCGCGUCAAGCCAGGUCUCACAGUAACCGGAUUCCCAUCUCUCAGUCUACCAACACAACUGCAACUGCGACGGCGGCAGUCACGAAAAAUACGAAGUUUGAUGGCAUGCGCUACGCGGAACUUCCACCGCUUUCUGCUCUUUACAGCCAUGAAGUGGCUCAAGAAGUAGAAGACUUGGAAGCGGGGGAGGAAGAGGCAAAGGCGCUUUUUAUGCAGGACCCUGCUCGCUACGACUGCGUUGUUGAUGAGCUCAUCAAGCGCGCCACAAUGAGGGUUCAGGAGGAGGAAAAACGAGAAAAAGUUAGAAGAGAGACCGUGACGCGUGUCAUGGGUGAUAGCAAGCUGGACGAGAGGUUGGUUGUUGCGUCUAAUCGAAGGCAGAGUCACGCCAUAACCCAUCGCCAAGUAUCUGUGACGGAGUUACAAUUCGGUGGCUCCUUCCCCAUUGGAACUAGUAGUGGUAGUACGGGUCCAAGUGCACGAGAAGUGGGGGGGGUGUCUCAGGCGUGGAGUUUGACCAACGAGAGUCUGCUGUCACUCCCCUCUGGAAAGCAACACGGCGAUACCAUGAAGAGUGGCGUUACGAAUGGGUUUGACCAAAUUCUAGAGGAGCAGCGUCGCGCAAAGAAAAUUGUGGCCUAUAUUCUUAUGGAGAUGCGCCGCAUGUGGCGGCGGCGGGAGUUAGAGUCCAACCUUGCCCUCCGUUCCGCCGUGGACCGCUUUAUUUAUCGCUCCGUUCUCUUCUCAUGGCAUUUUGAGAGACGUCGUGUGCUCAAUUUGCAGAAGCUUAUCCAACUCCUGGACCGCAAAACCGGCCGCGUGGGCGGGUGGAUUCCCUUCUACGUGAGGGAUCGCGUCAUGGAGGAACGAUUUGUUUGGGAGCCCGCACCACCGCAUCUCUCGCGUCAGCUGCGCGUUGUUCAUCGGGCAAUGUGUCUUGCCAAACAGCAACGGAUGUAUCCACUUCGUAUCGUGCGGCAGCAAGCUCGCAAAGAAGCGUCGCACCAUCUACUGUACGGUUACAAGCGUACAUUCGUGGGGCCGUUCACGACUUCUGCUGUGCGCCUCCGUCAGGGGCGACGCUCUCGCUACGCCGCGCCGUUUCAGCGUCCCAUUCUGCGUUUUUCUCCGCAGCUUGAGUGGAGGGACGGAACACCGAGGAAGUGA